UCACAGUCGCCGAAGCUGACGAGCAAGAGAGAGUAACAGGCACGUUCUCUCCGUCAAAAACCAACCGGAAUCUGGAGAUAAUAUCUUUAAAAAGGAGAUGCGAGUUGUCAGAAUAUCAUGCGUCGGGACACGUCAUCUUUCACCUCCCUCCUCCACGGGCGGUUGCUCCGCCCACUCCGACGCCUCUGCCUCUUCAUCUUCCUCAUCCGCCGGGCAGAUCAAUGCAGAUUCAGAUGACGCGACUAGCUGUGGUGGCACGCCUAGUUGGAGAAUCAAGAAGAGGCUAACAUGUGUGUGCUUCUACCGCAAGAGAGCUUAUGAACGUAUCUGCUCUAACUUAACACCAUUGCAGGAAGAAAGACUAAAGAGGCUGAGGAAGAGAAUGAAGAAUUACUUUGAUGCGUCACGGCCUGACCAUCAAGAUGCACUGAGAGCAUUGUGGUCAGCAACGUAUCCCGGUGAAAAGCUUCAAGCUUUGAUCUCAGAUCAGUGGAAAGAAAUGGGAUGGCAAGGAAGAGAUCCAUCCACUGAUUUCAGAGGAGCUGGAUUCAUAUCACUGGAGAAUCUUCUCUUCUUUGCCAAGACAUUCUCGACUUCGUUUCAACGUCUGUUGAAGAAACAAGGAGGCAAAAGAGCGGCUUGGGAAUAUCCAUUCGCUGUAGCUGGCGUCAACAUAACCUUCAUGAUCAUGCAAAUGCUCGACCUAGAAGCCUGUGAGUGUCUCCACUCACACUUAUUCUUCAUUAAUGUUUUGGUUUACGACUUUGAUUCGAACUACAUACAUGAUACAUGUGCAGCAAAGCCUAGGACUUUUGUUCGGUCGAUAUUCUUACAAAUGCUUUCAGAAAACGAAUGGGCCUUUGAUUUGCUUUACUGUGUGGCCUUUGCGGUAAUGGACAAGCAAUGGCUAGAGAAGAAUGCAACCUACAUGGAAUUUAACGAUGUGCUAAGAUCUACGAGAGGACAGCUAGAGAGAGAGCUAAUGAUGGAUGAUGUUUUCAGGAUCGAGGAUAUGCCAUCCUUCUCUCUACUCUCUUAGUCUUUACUCUUUUACCAACCAAAUCUUGUGUUGUUACUUUAGUCUUUUAAGACAAUUUUAAAGAAGAAACAAACAAAAAGGUCGAUUUUUCAGAAAUAUUCGACCUGCGAGAGGAGUGAAACAAGUUUGUUGUUAUGUCAUUGCGAGAAAAUGGUAGAUAAGCUGAUAUAUAAAUCCGAAUAUUCUUGUUAUUUAAAGUAUUCAAAAUUGAGUACUUAUGACUGAAAUUACAGUGUUAAAAAUUCGAACUUUGG